AUGCCCCCAAGAAAGACGUCGCGGCCACCGCCAUAUGCUGCGCGGAAUCAGAGCGGCGGAAUUAGGAUACCACCGGCGCUCAAGAAUUUGCUCCGGACUAAGGCAGGCCGAUUACUAGCUGCCGGCGUUCUGGGCUUCUUCGUCCUGAUAUGGAUGUUGAGCGGAAGUAGCGGUACUUCAAAGAGGAGUUCCAAAGUUGUUGGUGGUUGGAAACCGGCAAACAUACCGAAGGCAAACAUAGGGAGCGGACCGCCUGUGGUAAUAGUCACGACUAUAGAUCCCAAGGCGAACCCGACGUGGGUACAAAAGGUCAAGACCAAUAGGGAGGAAUACGCCAAGAAGCACGGCUACCUGACCUUCUUCCCCCAAAACGACCAAUAUCCCAUUGGCAACUCACCUCUGACAUGGUCCCGCGUACCUGCGAUCCGCCAUGCCAUGACCAUGUACCCUUCCUCAACCUUCUUCUGGUACCUCGAUCACACAGCCUUGAUUAUGAACCAAGCGCUGCCUAUCCACACCAACCUCCUCACAGCCGCCAAACUCGAAACCCACAUGCGGGUCAACGCCCCUGUCGUCCCCCCUGACAGUGUCAUCAAGACCUUCAGCAACCUCAAGGGCGACAGAAUAGACUUCGUCGUCACACAGGACAAGGACGGACUGGCACCAAGUAGUUUUGUAGUCCGAAACGGGGAGUGGGCAAAGUUCUUCCUAGACAGUUGGUUUGACCCCAUCUACCGUAGCUACAACUUCCAAAAGGCCGAGACCCACGCUUUGGAACAUAUUGUACAAUGGCACGGCACAAUCCUAGCUAAACUCGCAAUGGUCCCGCAGAACCUCCUCAACUCGUAUGCCAGUGGUCCCGCGGCUUCCGAAGGACAAUACCAGCAAGAUCAUCUCGUUGCCAACUUCCCCGGCUGCGACAAGGAGGGCCGCGAUUGCCUCAAGGAGCAGGAGUCAUACUGGAAGAUCCUUGAUCAAGCCAAGAACUAA